UAUGAUCUGUCAGAUUGACAUGUUUGAUUUGAUAUUAUCGUUAUAAUUCUAAUGUUUCUUCAAUUGGUUUGAUUCAAGAACCACUUGCGAAAUUGAUUUCGUUUAUAAUCAAAAUGCUAACAUUGUGGAAUUUAUUUGAGGCUUCUUUGCUUUGCCUCAAUGCAGUAUGUGUCCUUCACGAAGAAAGGUUUAUGCAAAAGAUGGGAUGGGGUGCAAAUGUCUCUGAACAAGGCUUUGUGGACCAGUCAUCCAUGAAAUUCCAAAUUUUAAACCUUGUGCGAUCCAUAAGAACAGUGACAAGAAUACCAUUGAUUAUUUUAAAUAUACUCACAAUUAUAUUUAAAUUGCUGUUUGGGUAGUAAUAUGAAGAAAUAUAAAAAGGAAGUCAAUGAAGAAAUGGAAAUGUAAUUCUUUGGUGAAUAUGUUAUGGUAUCAUUGUGACAGAAUUACCAAAAUCUAAUUUCUUAUUGUUUUAAUAUUAAGUUUAUUAACGUUUUUAAGCAUCAAUGGAAAUUAUGCAUUUUUUAUGUAUAUUAAAACUUAAAAAAAA